AUGGCCUCUUUGAGAGACCUCCAAGAAGAGGCCAGCUGCCCCCUCUGCCUGGAUUUCCUGAGAGACCCAGUAACCACUGACUGUGGGCACAACUUCUGUGGCUCCUGCAUCCACCAGUGCUGGGAAGAUCUGCAGGACACCUUCCCCUGCCCUGUCUGCCUCCACCACUGCUCCAAUGGGUACUUCAAGAGGAACGCCCAAUUGUGCCACAUGAUGGAAAUUGUGAAGCAACUCCCCACCAGCAGUAGCAAGAGGAAAUACCAAGAAGAGAAAUCCCUGUGUGAGAAGCACAAUUGGGUUGUGACCCUGUUCUGUGAGCAGGACAUGGAGCUAUUGUGUGCCCAGUGCAGGGUCUCCUCUGACCACCUGAUGCCUCUUGAGCAGGCUGCAGCUACUCACAGGAAGAAGCUCAAAAGCUACAUUGGAUCCCUGAAGGAGAACAUCGAAAGUGCUGAGAAGAAUCUUGAAAUCCAACUCUUAAAAUCAUGUGAAUUGAAAGGGGACGUGGAAAAGUGGAGGAGGAAAUUAAACUCUGAAUUUGAGAAGCUGGAGUGUUUCUUAGCGAAGGAGCAGGAAGCAACUCAUAACAGACUACUAAAUGAAGAAAAGAACAUUGAAGACAAAUUAACUGAGAACAUAAGCCAAAUUUCACAAUAUUUGUCAACAAUGAAAAAUCUGAUAUGUGAAAUAACAAAGACGUAUGUACAGACAGAUGUGGAUUUACUGAAAGGAAUUGAAAGUAUUUUCAACAAGCAUGAAAACCUAAAAACCCCGGAAGUCUUCUCAUACGAAUUACAGAAAGAGAGGUUUAGCCUCCCUCUGCAAUAUUUUGGCCUGCAAAAACUGAUCAGCAUAUUUAAGGUAGAUUUAACAUUAGAUCCUAAAACUGCUCACCCAAAUCUUAUCAUCUUAGAAGACAGAAAAACUGCCAUAUUUGGAGUGAUGAAACCAAAAUGUCUUCCUCAAUCCAAGGCAUUUACUUCUUACCAGGCUGUCCGGAGUUGUGAGGGCUUUGAUGCUGGAAGACAUUUUUGGCAAGUAGAAUUUGCCAACCACAAAAUUUUCUGUAAAGCCCAUAGAGAUGCCGAGAUCUGCUCCACCCCAACUGCUCCCAUGAACAUCAGUCAGUGCAGUGCAGUGAAGAGUGGAACUGUCUGUGGAGACCGCUCUCUCUGGGAGCCUUUAGAUACAGAACUGCAACAUGUAGCUCCUCACAGGAAGAAGCUCAAAAGCUCCACUGAGCCCCUGAAACAGCAAGUUGAAGAUGCUGAAAAGGUGUAUGAAAUCCAGGUUUCAAAAUCACUUGAGUUGAGAUUAGAAAUGUUAAGAGAAAAGGCCUCCAGGAAAGGAAACAACCUACAGGGUUUGAAGGAUGAAGCAGACCAGGUUCAGACCAAAACAGUCAACUGA